AAGCUCUGACGUCCUUUUGAAGCUUUCCCCACAUGAUCAGAUCAGCUUUCGGCAGGCGGUGGAUUGCUUGACGGGAUGAUGGCUACUUACAUACGUCAAUUGAGAAACCAACUGAAAGGAAUGUAUGCGAUGUGGUACGACAGCACACAAUGCGUGCGGAAGAUAGGAAUGUCUUUGUUUUAUGAAAGGUGAAGAAUAGGAAGAGGAGCAAGGUCGAGGAGGAUGGAAGGAACCGGGGAUAGCUUUCUGCUCUCGCUCGCACUUCUUUCUCUCAGCAGAUUUCUAUUCCACUCUCUCGCAGGCCCGCGCGGGCUGUCGCUAAAACCCGCUGGCUCGCCGCCCCAGCUCGUCUCCAGGUUCAUCAUUCGCUGGAAUUCACCACCAAAACCCGUCCGAGGGCAAAAUUAUCCCUGCCCAAAGUUGGAACCCUGGCUCCCCAAUGACCUCAUGCUCUCACCACCGCCGCUGUCAUUUGCAGAACACGACAUAAAAAUGCUGAAAGGGUUAUGCGGGGUUGAUAUUCAUUGAAGAUCAGAAUUGCGUG